GCCUUUCCUUUGGCUGUCGGCGCAGCCAGGCGGGGGAGGAGGAGGAGGAGAGGAGGAGGAAGCCGCAGGGAGCGAGAGCCUCGGCUGGGUCGCCGCUCUGCGCAUCUGGGAAGGAAACGACCGCAGCAGAGCCGCCAAAUGGGUCGGGCUGCCGAGUGAGAGGAGUGCCGCUCGGUCCCUCCGGGCUGAUCGCGCCUCGCGUAGCUGAAGGGCAGAGUGGAGGGGGCAGUAAACGCCUCCAGCCAUGGCGGGGACUGAAGGCGUCACGGCAGAUGGUGUUUCAACAUCUGCCUAUGCAUCGCCUGCUAGAAGUCUGGGAGACCCAGGAAUAACACCACUGUCUCCAUCCCACAUUGCGAAGGACUCUGAUGCAAAUGACGCAGAGGAACAGUCAUUUCUCGUUGUUGUGGCUAUAGAUUUUGGCACAACUUCCAGUGGCUACGCCUACAGUUUCACCAAGGAACCAGAAUGCAUUCAUGUAAUGAGGCGAUGGGAAGGAGGAGAUCCUGGCGUAUCCAAUCAGAAGACACCAACAACUAUCCUCUUAACUCCAGAAAGAAAAUUCCAUAGUUUUGGUUAUGCGGCCAGAGAUUUCUAUCACGAUCUAGAUCCUAAUGAAUCAAAGCACUGGUUGUAUUUUGAAAAAUUUAAGAUGAAGCUUCACACAACGGGUAAUCUCACUCUGGAAACAGACCUGAUAGCUGCAAAUGGCAAGAAAGUCAAAGCACUUGAAAUAUUUGCUUACGCUCUGCAGUACUUUAAGGAACAAGCAUUAAAGGAGCUGAGUGAUCAGGCAGGCUCAGAGUUUGAAAACUCAGAGGUACGCUGGGUCAUCACAGUGCCAGCUAUCUGGAAGCAGCCUGCAAAGCAGUUUAUGAGGCAAGCUGCAUACAAGGCAGGAAUGGCAUCCCCAGAGAAUCCUGAGCAACUGAUAAUUGCCUUAGAACCAGAGGCUGCAUCCAUCUACUGCAGGAAACUCCGCCUUCAUCAGAUGAUAGACUUAAGCAGCAAAGGACCUGUCAAUGGUUAUAACCCAAGUGAAACCAUUGGCACUGGCUUUACACCAGCUAAAGAACACAUCCGGCGUAACAGGCAGAGCCGUACUUUUUUGGUUGAAAAUGUCAUAGGAGAGAUCUGGUCGGAGUUGGAGGAAGGCGACCGUUACAUAGUUGUCGAUAGUGGAGGAGGGACAGUUGAUGUGACUGUCCACCAGAUCAGAUUACCUGAAGGACACCUAAAGGAACUUUACAAGGCAACUGGUGGGCCACAUGGUUCCUUAGGGGUAGACUAUGAAUUUGAAAAACUCCUGUGUAAAAUAUUUGGAGAAGAUUUUAUUGAACAAUUUAAGAUCAAGCGACCUGCUGCCUGGGUUGAUCUGAUGAUCGCGUUUGAAUCACGCAAGAGGGCAGCAGCCCCAGACCGGACUAAUCCACUCAACAUCACUCUGCCUUUCUCAUUCAUUGAUUACUACAAGAAAUUCCGAGGACACAGUGUGGAACAUGCCUUAAGGAAAAGCAAUGUAGAUUUUGUGAAAUGGUCAUCGCAGGGAAUGCUAAGGAUGAGUCCAGAUGCAAUGAAUGCCCUCUUCAAGCCUACCAUUGAUGAAAUCAUACAACAUCUUAGUGAUCUGUUUGAAAAGCCAGAAGUAACUAAUGUGAAGUUCCUCUUCCUCGUGGGUGGAUUUGCUGAAGCUCCACUACUCCAACAAGCUGUCCAAAAUGCUUUUGGCUCAAAAUGCCGAAUCAUAAUUCCUCAGGAUGUGGGGCUCACUAUCCUCAAGGGAGCGGUCUUAUUUGGUCUGGAUCCAGCUGUCAUUAAAGUACGCCGCUCUCCCCUAACCUAUGGGGUAGGGGUCCUGAAUCGUUAUGUGGAAGGAAAGCAUCCUACAGAAAAGCUACUAGUUAAAGAUGGCACACGCUGGUGCACGGAUGUCUUUGACAAAUUCAUCUCUGCUGACCAGUCAGUGGCUCUUGGGGAGACUGUUUCACGCAGUUAUACACCUGCCAAGCCUUCGCAGCUGGUCAUCGUGAUCAAUAUCUACAGCUCGGAACAUGAUAAUGUCAGUUUCAUCACAGAGCCAGGAGUAAAAAAGUGUGGCACACUCCGCCUGGAUCUCACAGGAACUGAUAUAUGUGUGCCGAGCAGGAGGGAGAUCAAAACGCUAAUGCAAUUUGGGGACACUGAGAUUAAAGCCAUGGCAAUUGAUGUUGCCACUUCUAAAAGUGUCAAAGCUGGUAUUGAUUUCCUAAACUACUAAUACUCUUUUCUUCCCUAUCACCUAUUAUUUUAAUGCUCUGUUAUCUCAUUUCUCAUGUGGCUAAAAUUCAAAUCUGUUUUGGUGACAGUUAAAGAGAACCAUUGGAAGGCAAACGUCAGGCACCUUUUGUUCUUGAAAUGAUCUGUUCAAGAGUCUGAAUUACAUGGUUAUCAAAUGCUAAACAUGAAACUGAACAAUCCAAAAUGGCUAAGGACAUGAUGAGAAUUAGUCAUUGAAAUAUCACUGCCCUCUUGAUUUGGAAAUUGAAGUAUUCCAUAUGUGCUGUAUUUGGGGCCCAAAAUAACAAAUCUCGCAUUCUUGCAUUUAAGACUCUAAUAUAGCAAACAGCAGGCUAUCUCAAUUAUCAAUGGACUGCUUAGGAUAGUCAUCACUGCAGCACUAAAUGAAGUUGCCCUCCAAAGUGCUGAUAUGCUACAGCUGCUGUUGUUAAUUAUAAGUGGAGAUUUAAAGGUGUUUAGCAGUUUUAAAACCAGACCUCUCUUAUUUAUAUGCUUUAAUAUUAAUGCUAGAGUUCAAAUAUCUAGCCUUUCAUUUUAGAAUACAAAUGAAUAGCACUUACUACCCAGGCAAAGUACAUUUGCUUGUUGAUGAUUGGGUUUGGUGGCUUUUGCUUUUGUUUUAACAAAAUUCCAAGCCAUGAAACAGAUUUGGUAAAGUUUCAGCCCAGUUAAAGAGAUUUUAAUUAAUCUAUCAAUUGAAUUUGCAAUGCAUUCACAAACUAUUGCAAGAAGUAUACUUUUCUAACUAGGAGAUAAUACACACAUGUAUCAUGGCAGGCAUCCCCCUCCUGAGCAAGAGAAUAGGAGGGGCGAUGUUUGCCAUCUGCAGUUUUUAUAAGUAGCUAUAUUAAAAACAAUGUGUUGGAUCCAGACUUGGUGAUCCUUAGAGUACACCCAUUGAAACCAGUGGAACAGGUUAAUCAUGCUAACUUAAGUCCCAUUGAUUUCACUGCAUCUUCUCCAAGCAUUAAUCUAGCUGAUUAAUCCAGGGAAGGCUCCUGUGGCCUUCCAACUCCCAUAGUCCCUGGUUAGAUGGCCCAGUCAGAGAUGAUGGGAAUUAUAGCCCAAUAUCGGGAGGGCUAUUCCUGGGUUAAUUAACAUUUUUCCUCUUUUUUUUGUUCCUUGGAUAAAGAAGUUUUGCAAAAGUCUCUCUUCUCAACCGUUUUCUGCAAUUUCAGUUUGUUCCCACCUCACAUUUUACUUUUGGACAUCAUGUGGCCGAUAGGGAUUUUUAAUCAUUUUUAACUUCCAGGUAGCUAUUGGGCAGACCUCAUGCAAAAGAAACAAGGGGGUAUGGUAGCAGUCACUAUCCAGAAAGCCCCUCUUUUCUCAGGUUAGAGAAAGCUAAGAGCCAUUUUCAUUACCUCUCUCAUAAGUAUCAGGAAAUAUUACUGUGUUGGUCUUAGAAAGUGAGAUCCAGUAAAAGUGUUAACUUUAUAUUGGACAAUCUUAUUUCACCUGUUUGUGAAAGGACUAUAUAAGGCUUUAUACUUAUUCAGAACUAUUCUGAAUAACUAUAAUAGUUAUAUAAAAUAUAUACUUACAGGACAGAGUUAUAUAACUAUAUGUCAGGCAUGCUUUAAGUUGGAUUCCUGCAUUAAGCAGGGGGUUAGACUCAAUGGCCUUAUAGGCCCCUUCCAACUCUACUAUUCUAUUGUAUGAUCUGGAGGAAAAAACCCACUGGGUAUUACAUCCACAACUAUAUAGAGUGUAGUUACUUGUCAUUAAUUUGCAUUCACAAUAUUUGCUUUCCUUUUAUCUUCCCUCGUAAUUGUAUACCCAUAGGCUACAUGUUUCUCUUCUGAAGAGUGCCAUUUCCAGCUUUCCUCCUUACAGCUUCUUCAUUUCUGUGAUAAACUAUAUCAAGAAGAAGCUUAAAACUCGUGCCUGCAAAAUUGCCAGGAGAUCUUUGUCAGCAUGAAAUAAAAGGGGAGGGAAAAUAAAGUGGUGUUACAUCUGGCCAGAAGAGGGAGCACAAACACCAUUUCUCUGAAUAUUGUUUGGUGGCUUCCAAGAGACAAGAUACGAGACUCCUCCAUCCCCUAAAGACACACCAGUUAAGAAAAGAACAUGACAUAGAUAUUGAACACUGCCAGCUUCAAAAUUCUCAAAAGCUUUAGGUGACAAUGUGGAUCCCUUCCCAGUAUGAAUUAGAGAAGCUGAACCUAAGCACCCAAUACACACAGAAGUUGCUUUAAAUUGUAUGAUACAGCUGCCACCUCCAUGUGGCAACUGUCUGGAAUGGCCCAAUGUCUGCAGUUCAGUAUUACUACACACCAUGAGAAAUCUACUAAAUGUAAUUAGGGAUGGCAUAGUGAAAAUACACUUUUUCAUGUGGUGGGUCAUUCCAGACUAGCAACUCACAGUAGGGAGGCAGUCUGCAUGCCAUGCAGUCUAAAGCCCACAAUACAGGGCUUUUGAUAUGUAGUAUUUGCAGAAAUACUAGAUUUCAAGCCAGACGCCCUCAACGCCAAUGGAAAAAGCAGUCAUUUCCCCCCCACCAACACUUAGGAAAUAGAUUGUGAUCCACUGAAAUCCAUUAUGCUUUUAAGACACCACGUUAAUUGUGUAGUUAAAUCUUCUUUCUAUUAGCUGUGCAUGACUGACAAGCCAUAGAAUCCUUUUACUUUUAAAAACUAAAGAUUCUUUGUCAGGCAUUUCAGUCAUAUUUUAGGGUCCAGGUAUGCAUUGUGCAAAUGUUUUAAAAUUUCAGUGAAGAAUUUAAAAUGGGACCCCUUUGCAUUAUAUCUAUUAUAUAAUUCCUGGACAGAAUGUGGAAAAGCUUUGCUGAAUUAGCUAUCAAAGGGAUGGACUGGAUAAUUCUAGUCACAGUAUCUAGCUUUCUGUUCCUUAAAUAAUUAUUCUACUGGAAUAAUUAGAAAGUGUGCAUGCUGGCAUUCCUUUUUUUUCAUUCUAUCCGCUGUGUUUUACAGAAAAAUGCUUAAUUUAUUUUUCUCUGUGUAAGUGUGUGGCCUCUCAUGGUUUACAAAUAAGUGAUGAGCUAUGAACAAAAUUAUGUGAUGUAUAUACAAUAUUUAAAUAUUGUACAGAUGCUUUCUUUCUAAAGUGCUAUUUUCUUGUACAGAAUGCUCUUUAUCCCUGUUGAUUUGCAUUCAGUGGUUAAUUUUAAAUAACAUAGUUUCUCAGUCUGCUGCAGUAAUUAUAGGCUUUUAAAGAUGGCAAGAUAUGAAAUGCAUAAUGCUGAGCUUAUAAUAAGGGGAAAGGAGUGUCAGACAAUACCACACUCUUCUUGCUAUGCAAAUAAUAGCAUUCAGACACACUCUUGGGCUGUUAAUUCUUUUUGCUUUAACAACCCCAGUUCAAGUAAUGCAUAGGAAUGAUAACGGAUAAAGUCCUUCUGUGUGUAAAGCCUUCUCUCCUAAAUCUGGGACAUUUCUCCUGUUUCAAAGCCAAUAUUUUAUUUCAAUGACAUCUCUUUAUUGCUAGAUUUAUGCCUACACAAUUUUUGACCCUUCAGGCUAAGCACAGGCCACCAGCCACAUAUGGAGGCCCAGCAUUCAGUAAACCAUCUGAAUUGGCUGCUUGCCUGGUACUUUAAAAAAGAGGCAUUCCCAAGUACCAGACAGGCCACAAUACAUGGCUGGUGCGCCAAAUUGGGUUUGAUGAGUUACCAGUUGCGCAGGCACCUACUAGACUAGAACAAACUGCAAACGUCAUGGCAAGCUAUAAUGACACAGAUUGCUUAGUAUGGACUCAAAUGAUGUAUGGUUGAGUCCUGGGGGUAGGCAACAGAGCAACUUCUUUUGGUCUGCUUCCUCUUCUAACCGGCUAUUUUGAAAUCUACUUCCCAAGUCUUGGAAAUAUUAUUGCUGCCUGGGAGUCAUAUGACCAUCUUAUAACACAGAGCUUCCUUGGUGUGUGACAUGACUCUUACCAGCAUCCCAUUUGUCUUGGAAUCACAUUGUUCCACUGGUUGCAUUCUUGUACCUUCAGUCGAAGGAGCAGGGCCAGAAUCAGGGCUUGGUAUAACUGGGUACCUGCCAAGGCCUAUGCAUCAGCAAGAAGCCCACAAUCAAUCCCUGGACCCUCUGGCCCUGCUGCUUUUCUCCCUUUUUUACUGCUGGUUCCUGGUCACCUGCCCCCUCUGAGUGAUCAAUAACCAAAGGAGCAGAAAUCACCUUCCACCUCGUUGUCUCCCAUUGGAUAGUGGUGCAAACUUGGUCCAGAGAAAGGCAAAUGAACGGGCAACUUCAACAAUAGUGGGGAGGAGGUGGUGAAUCUACUCAGAGAGAGGACCUGCUCAGAAGAUCUUGUCCAAAGCCUGGAACUGGUGCUGAAAGAGAGGCUGUUCUAAGUGUUAGAAAAUGCAGAGGCAAAUUAGUGACUGAGGGACAUUGCUGUCAUAAGGAAAUGAGUAAAGGUGCCCUUCAGAUAACUGUGUGUUGGGAAGAGAUUUCAUUCUAUAGGAACUCCUAAGCAAUCAUUACAAAAGGCUCUGAAGUCCUGACUUUUGGAAGCUUGGAGCGGGGAGGUUCUCUCAGGAGGACAUGGAGAAGUAUAUCUCUAGUAGUGAGAAUUUCUUGAGACACUUUCCAGCCUUUAUUCCUGUAACUAUCAGUCAUUUCUGAUCCUUUACAGCAGCUGAGCACCAUCUUUAUACGCUUGUUCACUUUCUUCUGUCUAAUAAAGGACCUUGUUUGGUUCUGUUUUUCCUAUCCAAAAGCUUAAUGACCAGUCCUCAAUUUAGGUCAUAUAUUCAAGGCAAGAAAUGGACUAACCAGCUCUUAAUAUGUUACUCCCCUUUGUUUCACACAGAAAAACAUAAAAGUGUGUAAUUUUUAUUCUUCUAGCACAGCAGUUCCAAAACAUUUUCCCCUAUGGACCACUUGAAAUCGCCGAGGGUCUUGCCAGACCACUUAAUAUUUUUUCUGUUUUAGUAAUUGUAAUGUGCUGUGUUAGAUGCUGUGAUUUUUAAUUGCAUUUUUAUUAUUUCUUAUAUUGUAUUUUGGUGUAUUACAACUCACAUUCCUUAGAACUCAGACUGUAAUACCAUAAAAGUACAAUCUAAGACAUGAAAUAAAUAAAAAUACAAUAAAAAUCAUAUGAAUAUUUAAUAUGGACAUGCAGCACCACCUGAAUGAAGCUCACGAACCACAGUUUGGGAACCUGUAUUCUAGGAUAUGUUUCUGAACAUAUCCUCACUAGCUUGUUUUUAGCCAUUACCUCUAUAUUGUUUUUAAAGAUGGGGUUUUUCUCUCAUAUAUUGAUUAGAAGCAUGAUUCCACUUUCUGUGUGGAAGAACACUGUAAAGUACGCUAUAACACUCCUUGCCCUUUAUUUUCUCUGAACAAAAGUAUGUGUAAACAUUUUGUGUAUUAACUAAUCUUCAUUAAUUGCUCAUUUGUGUAUUGAAAUAGCUAUCAUUCCAGGUCAAAAGCACGGUAACUUCGCAGUUCUGAGAUUUUAGUCUGAAUUUUCCAGAAAAUUAUCAUGCAAAACUUUUAAGAUUUUCAUCCCAUCUCCUAAAUAUCUGCAUAAAGAUUAUUCCAUUUGGACAGUAAGACAGUUACAUUAAUCUAGGUGAGAGGUAAAUUUUACUUGGCAGAACACUAAUUUACAAGAAAUAACUUUUUUUGGAUAGAGGUAUGUGGGUAUCUGAUCUGAUUAAAUCAGGGGAAUUAAUCUGCUUGGUAUGCUUGCAGCCAAUGAAGGGAGAUGACUCGUGGAUGGCUGCAGCUCUUUAGAAAUAUGUAGUGCAGCUAACAAACCACCUAAGCUUGUAUACUUGCUAGCUGAAUCCCACUGGAGUAUGUGAAAUUAGGGCAAUUGCAUAUAUGUUGGCUGGAGUACUUUUUGGGCUACUGAACAGUGAUUCACUGCCUGUUAUCUACAGUAAAUAUUUAAAUAUAAUCAAACUUCAGUAACUGGUUUAAAAAGCGCUGCUACCAUUAUUGUGAGAUUUGCAUUUUUUAAAGUACUUUUCCCCAUCCCAUCUUCCUCAGCCCAAAACAAGGGAGUAUAAUUUUGCUAGGCAUGCUCUCUACUGCUCAGAAUCUAUCCCUACUCUCCCAUAUAAUUGCCAAUCUAGGUUUGGUUGUCUAAUGGAAACAUAUAGAAAUAGAUAUAGAACGUGAUGCUGUAACUACAACCUUUAGUGUGAACCCUAUGCUACAUUUAAAGUAAGUGACACAUGAAAGUUCACUGAAAAGUAAAAUUUACCCCAUCUGUGAAGUUAGUAGAAGCAAUCCAGAUGAGAGUAGGAAACACACGUUUCCAUAGAGAUGAUAUUAAAUGUUUUCUGCUACAGGGUUUUUGCAGGCCUUGAUCAAUAGAAAUUUAAGGGAAAAGUUGUGCUCUCUGUGGUAUUAGAGAGAUGCAAACUUACACCCUUGUAGCAAAACUCCAAUUGCUUUUAAUGGAAGUUUCUUGUCUGAGCAAAACCAUGGAAAAUCAAAGUGGCUUAACUUAAGUGUAGAAAUUAAAGAUCAUGGCAGAGUUUGUAAAAUGCAAUGGGCUGGAGGAUCCUGAUUAAGUUGAAUGUAGUUCCGAUUGAAAUCAAUGGUACAACUCAAGUCAUGGCUAACAUUCCACAUUGAUUUCAAUGGGACCUAAGUUCAACUAAGGUAGAGUGCAAUCCUAUACAUAUCUACACAGAGGUAAGCCCUACAGUUCUCAUUAAGGUAGGCAGAUACAGGACUGCAGUGUUAAAUUGGAACCAUCCCAGUACUGUUAAAGAUGCCACAACAAAUGUUCUAAGCACUGUGCAGUACUUCCAAAUAAGCAUUUGAAUAUAUUAUUAAAUGAUGUAAUUUUUAACUUGCAGUGAUGUAAUUGCAAUGGCAAACUGCAUUAUUUACACUCCUAAUAAUCCACAGCACAUUGUGUACAGGUGAUUGGGCAUAAUACUACAAUAUUCAUCUUUGCUUGGAUGACUCUUCAAAUAUAUUGUAAAAAAAUAAAAUAUUGGUCAUUGAGAUCUAAAUCACUGCGCAAGACUGCAAACCUCGGUAAGUUGUGGAGGAGAUCGCAGCUUGUCACUGUUGCAUCUUCUGAAUACUGUGAUCUUCUAAAAGUGUCAAAUAAAAUACAGUAA